AUCAGGAAGGCGGAAAUGUGUCCAGGCAACAUGGUGGAAAUGUGAUGCUCUUAGCAGAAUGGAUUUUUAGCAUUAUAAUGCAGCUUUUAUGUCAAAAUUGACCUUAAAUUAAAAAAUAAACGCCUCUUGGAGUAUCUUUACACAUCAUUGGGGGAAAACAGCCUCAAGAGCCGGGAUCUGAAAUGUCCAAACUUACUUUAACUUUACUGCACCAGUCGCUGAGGAAAAGCUUCGUGACUCUGGAAAGCAAUCAUAAAGUAUGGACGAGUGUGUUGGACGAGUGCAGCCCGCUGAUGGUGUCUCUCGGAAAUUUGGCUGAGCAGUCGAGGGCACUGUCCAACAUCCAAAUAUCAAACACACCGCUCAGAGACUUUCCUGACCUGGAAGAUCGGCUGCGUUUCAAACUCUCAGAAGCCACGGACACAGUACUGGGAAAACUCAAUGAGAAAAUGUCAUCUCUACAGUCUGUCAGAGAUACCAUCAGUAACCAGGUCUCUACGGUCUUCCAGCUCUACGAGCAGGACGCAGACAGUAUAGAUCUGCUUGCUGUGACUGAGCGAUCCGCCAUCACCCCGUCAGUCGCUGACAUGCUAGAGUGGCUUCAGGAUGCAGAGAGGCACUAUCGGCAACAAUUCUUGAGAAGGAAAACUCUGCUUCAGACGCUGAGAGCAGAUGACCUCUCGCUCCUGGAAUCUGCUCCAAAGAGAUGGAAAUCCCUGGAGACUCCCAGCACAGAAGACCGCAUCACAGAUACACUCUGCAAAGUGUCUUUCUUUAUGGAGUCACAGUGAAGACGGUUACAACCUUAAAGUAAGAAUGGACGCUCGGAUGUGAGAGCAAUCACUUUCGCUCAGUGAAGCACAAAGCUCCCACGUCUGUUCUUGGACAUGAACUAUCUGCAUGCCACAGACUGAAUGAAGAGGAUGAUUCCCACAUAUCCAAAAAUGAAUCUAUCCACAAAAGGACAUUGUGGCAUUGUUAUGUUACUUGAAUGUUUAUACGGAGAAAAUCACUGCUAUUUUUUCAUUUUUUUUUCUAGUCUGUGAUGGUCAAAGUGUUCCAAAGUAAAUACAAAAUGCAGCACGCGCAAACUUCAUCAA